AGAGGUUAAUCACUUCCGGGUCAAAUUUGGUGGCGUUGUUUUCAUAUUUCUGUUAUUCGUCAUCAGCUCCACGUUAUCUGGUAGAUUUAUCGUGGCAUUUCAUGUGUUGUACUUUUGGAUAUCUCACUACCAAACACCCCGAUUCGAUAUUGAUUAUCAGUUAAAGUAGGCUACAGUUUGUAAACUCAAUAACAAUCACUGCUGCUAACAAGUUAAUAGCUAGCUAAAGUUACCAGCUAGGUAGCUAUGUCACCAAGCAGUUGUUGACAUAGCUCGCUAGCUACCAAGCUAAUCCAAUUAGCUAAUGUUGGCCAGCUAUCAAACAUUUAAGCUGUUCGGCGGUCCCUGUGUUCCCUCCUAAAGCUUUGGAAUGGGCAGUCAUUUCCGCAGUUACAUCUGGGACCCGGUCCUCAUUUUGUCUCAGAUUGUGUUGAUGCAAUGCAUCUACUACAGCUUCCUGGGUUUGUGGCUGGCUGUUGUGGACAGUCUUGUACAAACCAACAGAUCACUGGACCAGAUCUUCAGUUAUGAGGUUCUUGGAUUUGCAACAAUGCAGGGCAGACUCUCAAUGAUGGCGUUCAUCUUGAACUCACUUACCUGUGCCCUGGGCCUGUUGUUCUUUAUCCGCCGAGGGAAGCAGUGUCUGGACUUCACUAUCACCGUGCACUUCUUCCACAUGAUAGGCUGUUGGCUCUACAAUGCCCACCUCCCGGCGGCCCUGUCCUGGUGGCUGGUCAACGUGGCCUGCAUGGCUCUGAUGGCGGUGAUUGGAGAGUACCUAUGCAUGCGGACUGAGCUCAGGGCCAUCCCAGUCAACAGUGGACCUAAGUCUAACCUUUGACUGCUGACCGCCUGACCUCACCCCACUCUGUGACUCUGGCUCAUUCCCUGUGAACUGUUCACUGACAGUAUUCUGCCCAGUAUGAUGUAGGGUAUGACAUUUGUGCCCAAAGACUUGGUGGGACUGGGAUGUCAGCUGCUAUAACGCAGUAGUUGGAUCUAGAGACAGAGAUGCUCCAAGUUGGAACAUUGCACACCUCUCAAUAGAUUCAAGGACUUGGAGAUUAACUGAAAUGGUGCUGGUUGCUGUAUUUAUUUGUAAACAUAUACUACCUGUCUAACAGUGAAUGCUAACUUUUUCCUCGACCCACUAAGAUAUCACUUGCUUUGAGACAGUUCAAAGCAGAGUUUAGUUUGUCCUACAAAGAGCUUAAUGGUUUCAUGAUUUGAUUAAAUAAUGAUGAUAUCA